GAGCGAGCGCGCUUGCAGCCGCUGGCGCCCCAAGCACCGGCAGCUCCCGCGCCGCGGCGAGACCGGGAGACAGAACGAUCAACCAACCAUCUCAGCAGCAUCACGGAGGAGAACAUGCUUGCCAAUUCAGCCAGCGUGCGUAUUCUCAUCAAGGGAGGCAAGGUGGUGAAUGAUGACUGCACCCAUGAGGCCGAUGUCUACAUUGAGAACGGCAUCAUCCAGCAGGUGGGCCGAGAGCUGAUGAUCCCCGGAGGGGCCAAGGUGAUUGACGCCACUGGGAAACUGGUGAUCCCUGGAGGCAUCGACACCAGCACCCACUUCCACCAGACCUUCAUGAAUGCCACCUGCGUGGAUGACUUCUACCAUGGGACCAAGGCAGCGCUUGUUGGAGGCACCACCAUGAUCAUCGGCCACGUCCUGCCUGACAAGGAGACCUCUCUCGUGGAUGCCUAUGAGAAGUGCCGGGGUCUCGCCGACCCCAAGGUCUGCUGUGACUAUGCCCUCCAUGUGGGGAUCACCUGGUGGGCACCCAAGGUAAAAGCAGAAAUGGAAACCCUGGUGAGAGAGAAAGGCGUCAACUCGUUCCAGAUGUUCAUGACCUACAAGGACUUGUACAUGCUUCGGGACAACGAGCUAUACCAAGUGUUACACGCUUGCAAGGACAUCGGGGCCAUCCCCCGAGUCCAUGCUGAAAAUGGGGAGCUUGUGGCCGAGGGUGCUAAGGAGGCACUAGAUUUGGGUAUCACAGGCCCAGAAGGAAUCGAGAUCAGCCGUCCAGAGGAGCUGGAAGCAGAAGCAACUCACCGAGUCAUCACCAUUGCCAACAGGACUCACUGUCCCAUCUACCUGGUCAAUGUGUCCAGCAUCUCUGCUGGUGACGUUAUUGCAGCUGCUAAGAUGCAAGGGAAGGUGGUGCUGGCUGAGACCACCACCGCACAUGCCACACUGACAGGCUUGCACUACUACCACCAGGACUGGUCCCAUGCGGCCGCCUAUGUCACCGUGCCUCCUUUGAGACUGGACACCAACACCUCCACCUACCUCAUGAGUCUGCUGGCCAAUGACACUCUGAACAUUGUGGCAUCAGAUCACCGGCCAUUCACCACGAAGCAGAAAGCUAUGGGCAAGGAGGACUUCACCAAGAUCCCGCACGGGGUGAGCGGUGUGCAGGACCGCAUGAGCGUCAUCUGGGAGAGAGGAGUGGUUGGAGGAAAGAUGGACGAGAACCGUUUYGUGGCUGUUACCAGUUCCAACGCGGCUAAGAUUCUCAACCUGUAUCCCCGCAAGGGCCGCAUCAUCCCGGGAGCUGAUGCCGACGUGGUGGUGUGGGACCCGGAAGCCACAAAGACCAUCUCCGCCAGCACCCAGGUUCAAGGAGGGGACUUCAACCUGUAUGAGAACAUGCGCUGCCAUGGCGUGCCGCUGGUCACCAUUAGCCGGGGGCGUGUUGUGUAUGAGAACGGUGUCUUCAUGUGUGCCGAGGGCACCGGCAAGUUCUGUCCCCUACGGUCCUUCCCAGACACUGUCUACAAGAAACUGGUCCAGAGAGAGAAGACCUUAAAGGUGAGGGGAGUGGACCGCACUCCCUACCUGGGGGACGUCGCUGUCGUUGUGCAUCCUGGGAAAAAAGAGAUGGGCACGCCGCUGGCAGACACGCCCACGCGGCCGGUCACCCGGCACGGGGGCAUGCGGGACCUUCACGAAUCCAGCUUCAGCCUCUCUGGUUCUCAGAUUGAUGACCACGUUCCAAAGCGAGCCUCAGCUCGGAUCCUCGCGCCCCCUGGAGGCAGGUCGAGCGGCAUUUGGUAAAGGCCCUGACCGGCCCCCCAAGUGAGGAUGCGCCACUGCCACCCACCUGCACACCUUCCGGCCACAGCUACAGGGGGCCGUAGAGGCUGGGCUGGCAGCACCACCUGCGGGGGGGGCCCCCCCAGACCGGGGAGCCUCCCCACAUCUGAACGUGAUUCACUGGGCUUCGAGCCACCCUAACAGGCACUUUGAGCUGUCCCUCCUGCUGUGCUCCCUUCCUGCGGCAGGGGCUUCUCCGGGCCCCAGAAGCCCACACUAUGCACGGAGGGGAGCAAUGCAUAGCCCUGGCCCAGCCCCUCCUCCCACCACUGCCACCUCUGCUGGCUCUGGGAAGGCCCAGACUCUAGUGCCCUGCCCCUGGCCACCCCACCAGGUGUCCAGAGCACUUUAGCAAAUGUGUUUUAUAAGUAAUGGCCUCCCUCCCCCACCCCCUUAGGCCCCUUGGUGACAUUUCCCAAGUCAGA